ACCGGACCGCCGGCCAUGGCCGCUGCGGGAGGCGCCUGGCGUCUGCGCGCCUCUUCCGUGGCCCUCGGUGGCGCGGCCCGUCGGUGGCUGCUUCUCGCCGGAGCCCGCGCGGGAGCCGGAGGCCUCCCGGGAAGCCGGGGGCCGGGCGGUGGCGCCCAGCCGGGCCUGGGCGGCGGCGCGGUGGCGAUGCGGCCGCUGAGCGUGUCCGCACGGGCGCGUUGCAGCUCAGAAGAUAAAAUAACAGUCCACUUUCUAAACCGUGACGGUGAAACACUAACAACCAAAGGAAAAGUCGGUGACUCUCUGCUAGAUGUUGUGAUUGAAAAUAAUCUAGAUAUUGAUGGUUUUGGUGCCUGCGAGGGAACCUUGGCUUGCUCUACCUGCCACCUCAUCUUUGAAAAGCACAUAUACGACAAGUUAGAAGCAAUCACUGACGAGGAGAAUGACAUGCUUGAUCUGGCGUAUGGGCUAACAGAUAGAUCCCGAUUGGGCUGCCAAGUCUGCUUGACAAAGUCUAUGGACAAAAUGACUGUACAAGUGCCCGAUGCCAUGGCUGAUGCCAGACAGUCCAUUGAUGUGGGCAAGAACUCCUAAGAUAAAAUAAAUAGGAAUUAUUUUCACAAAAUUUUACCUAUUUUUAUAAUUGUCAUUUCUUAAUGUAAUUAAAUGAGAGCAUGGAUAAAUGGGUUUACUACUAUGACUAACUUUACUACUUUAAUUCACCUUAUAAAAUUACUGAAUUUUGUAGUUUGAAAGUAUGCAAUCUUUAUUUUGGUUAAAUUAUGAAAAGCAAAUCAAAUUUUAGAAAAUAGUAUGAUAAAAUGAUACAUAUUUUACCUUAUGUUUGUUUAGCAACUUUAGCAGUGUUUUCGCAUAAUUCUUGUGCCUACUUGCCUGUAAAGUAGGUUUAAAAAGGUAUUAUGCCGUGAGAUGUGGUUGAAGGCAGAGGUCUAAGGUGGCUUGUCUAGGGUCAGAAAGUAAAUUGGAAAAUCUGUACUGGAACCUGCAUCCUAUUACUACAAAUCAGAUGUUUAGAUUGAGACUGGAGAAAUUAUGAAUAUUUCAUUUGUAGUAGCAAUUACUGUGAAUGUAUAUGGAAAAAACUAUUGCUUUGUGAACUGAUUAAUUUUAAAGACAGUUGUAGCCUUAUAAAUAAAUAUUUCAAAAUCUUCA